CUCCCCACGUCAUUGGUCGCGGGCUAAAAUCGCUCGCGGGAACACAAAAAUUUCAGGCUGCUGACAUUUUAUGGAAGUAACACUCGGGUCUGCAUGGAGAUGGUAGGCGCCUCCUGGAGACGCCUGUCUUCUUGCUAUGGCUUCGUUGUCUGCACCUGCCUCGCUUUUGCGCGUGCAGCAGAAAAUUCCGUCGCCGCCGCCGCAGCAGCAGCAGCAGCAGCGACUGAUACAACCGUAACUACCCCGGCUGGAAGGCUUCCAGCAUCCAUGGACGCUUUAAAUCGUUCCUUACAAGCCGCGCUAUCUGUAUUCCUGCGAUGUUUCCGACAAUUGGUUCUAUCUCUUCACCAGACUCUUGCGCGCGCCUGUACUGGCCAACUCAAUAUCACGGAUGUCGUCCGACUUACAGUCCUCUGCGGCGUUCUUCCUGGGAUUUGGCUGAUGAAGCAGCGCAUCUGUGGAGCCGACGACAACUCAGCUAUGGCGCAGCGCUCGUCUCUUUCUGCGAAAGGCAAGGAUGACAGAACCAUAGAUGGUGACGACGGCACUGCCAACGUUAAAUCCUCAAAUGAUUUGUCGGUUGAAGGAGACCCUCCGUUAUUGAAAAAGCAUUCUUUCUGGAGAACUUACGUAGCACCCGUCCCGAACAUCCAGUAUCGCAAGAUUCGUAUCUUCUACAAAAAUCACCCGCAAAUUGACAAACUGCCAUCAAAACCGCGCCCCAUGCCCUUGUUGGUCUUUAUUCAUGGAUUGGGAGGCUCGAUUGCCCAAUUUGUGCCGCUUCUCAACAGUCUAGUCAAUAUAGCACCUUGCCUCGGAAUCGAUCUUCCGGGCUGUGGCUUGUCCGAGUUUGCACCCACGUCUUGGCGUGCGUAUUCCAUAGAUGCGCUUGCAGAUCUGGUUGCUGCAGUGAUUGCAGAGUAUCGCGACCAGUUCGCCGAUCAGGGCGUGAUUCUCAUUGGCCACAGCAUGGGAUGCUCGAUCGCAACCUUGCUUGCUUCGUCAACAUCGAAACACCCAAGCCAAUUGUCAAAGCACAUUUUGGGCUUUGUCGCCAUAUGUCCGCAAUCAUCACCACCGCCUCCGGAGAAAGUAUCGCUUUUUCGCAAAGCAUUAAGCAUUCCCACCCCCAUCUUCGAUCUGUGGCGACGCUGGGACCGCCGAGGUGGUACGGAAAGCCCAAGCGUUCAGCGGUUCGUUGGCCCUGAUGCAGAUCUGGACACCAAGAAGCUGCAAGUGCUUUUUAAUGAACAAAGCAAAACGGCAGUGUGGAGGCGUAUGGCGUGGGGAGCCCUGCCACGCUAUCAUAACGGCAUUGCCAAAGGAGGGUUGCCUGGAAAAGACACUUGGGCCGGUCUUGACGUGCCGGUUCUUCUUAUCGCUGGAGAUUCAGACAAAGUCACGCGGCCAGAGGAGGUUGACAAGAUCGAGGCCUUUUUACGGAAGCCUUCCUCGACCGAUGAAUGCAAAGCGAGCAUCUCAUUACCGGACUCGGCCGCGCCAAUCGACACUGCUAUCUUUGAAAAAGCUGAGGACACGAGCGAGCAAAAGGAGCCGGACCACGACAAACUUCCAGGAAGAGAUAUUGACGAGAGCCUUGCUAGUAGUAGCUCGAUAGAGCAUACCCCUCCGUCCAUUUCAACCGUGGCAUCCUUGAAAAAACCACCAAAGGUAAUUAAAGUGAUAAAACUACCAUCCCCGGCCUCACAUGCUUUGCUCUAUUCCAGAUCUACCACUAGGACCCUCAUUGGCUUGGUGACAAGCUUCCUCUCUAGUAGUGUGGACUCACGCCUCUCGCAAGGCUGGCAGCUUCUUCAUCUAUCGACAGGAGGAAAGUGGGAUGUCAAAAACUUGGUCAAAUGGCAGGCCGUUGAACCUGUUUCGGGCCCCAUUGGAGGAGUUUUCCGAGCAAUGAAGACGCUUCGAGCAAAGGAUGAAAAGCAUUGUCCAGAAGUAUUUGUAGACGAGUGGGAUGGAAAGGUGAGUUGCGUGGUCGAUAUAAGCUUAGAUACGCCGGUAUAUGAUACUGCAGAACUCGAGAAUGGCGGAAUUCAUUACCACAAGUUUCCUACUGUCAGCAAGAUUCCGCCUACGGUGAACGAAGUGAAAGACUUUAUUCUCUUGAUCGACAGUCUCAAGGGUUUGGCUCCUGAUGGAGAUGGAGGAGAAAAACCUCUUAUCGGGGUACACUGCCACUACGGGUUCAACCGUACCGGCUUCUUCAUUGUUUCUUAUUUAGUGGAACGGCAAGGCUUCAAACUCCAAGACGCCCUCGACGAGUUUAAAAAGCAACGGCCGCCCGGCAUACGACAUGAUCACUUCAUCGAUACACUUUUUAUGAGAUACUGUUCCGGGUUAAAGAGACAUCCAACGUUAUGAUUUUGGAAAUCCUUGAACUUGCCGCUGCAUCGGUCGCUACUUUACUGUUUAGAAGCGGUUGGGGAGUUUUUCUGGUGGACAUUCAAGGCGUUGGAAACUCUUCAAGAGGAUCGGAAUAAUUCGCGAAGUGAACUGAAUCCAUUGUUUUAAAUUCUUCAGAAGUCAUACUUUUACAAUUGGCGCUCAUAAACAACAAUUUCACGAGGCUCAUCACCAGUAAAUACGUGACGUUGGAUAUUGGGAGUAUAUUCACAGAUGUAGCACAAUACUAGAAGUUCGUUAGGGCUAUAAACCCUGUCUCGCCUAAAGUGGUCUAGCGAAGUUCCCACACAAUCCGAUACUCGCGAAAUUGCAGAUUGGCCAGCCCUCCGCGACGACGACGACGACAAGAGAACCUUCCUCGACACCAACGGCCCAGACGCUUCUCAAUCAAAAAAUACCGCC